UUUGGUCCUUCUUUAACUUACAACACGAGACUCGCUCCUCUUUUUUCUCUCUCUCUCUCCUCCCUCAAUCAUCCACCCAAAAAGUGGCCUCCAUAUCUUCCUCAUUUUCUCUCUCCUCCAAAUGCCACUCUUAAAUCUCAUCAUCACUUUGGAGCACACAUUUUCAGAUAACGUCCUUUUAUCUUUUAUUCAUUAAAUUAAUUAAACUACAUAUUUUUUAGCAAAAGUCAAAAAUAGAGUGCCUAAGACAAACAAUAACAACAAAGAUUUCCCUCUCUCUUCUUAUUUGUCUUUUUUUUUUUGUUUCAAUAUACAAUCAAAUCCUAUAUAAUUUAUUUCCUUUAAACGGCGCAGAAUUUUUAUUUGUAUUUUCUGCCAUUUUCGAUACAUUUGAGAAAUUCGACGCCAUUAAAGCUGCAACAAGGAUCAGAUCUGAAGCGGAUAUCUGCUUCUAUUAAUCUAACAUAACGGACAAGUUUAGAUUGAAUGGACAGUGACGGUGGUGGCGUAGCUACUGCUGUUACUCCUAGGAGACUGAGCUCCCAACACUCCACCCUUCGCGACACCUUCAUUGCAACGGACCUCGCUGAUGGCCUCAACCAUGCAUUUACCAAUAAUUGUGCUGUAGUAAAUAACACAACUAACCCAAGAUCGAAUCUUACACUCGGUGCUGUACUCAACAGGGAUAAGAAACCGCCCCAAACAGCUAGCGUAGUUGCCCGGACCCUCCUUGAGAUCAUCCGUAACGACGAAACCCUCUCCCCUAGAAGUGCUAGAGGCAACCCCAACAACAAGAAAACUUGGAAAUCCUUCAAAGAGCGCCUUAAGCUUAAGAGGAACUCAAUUCCAAAUCAGAAUCAGAAUCAGAAUCCCAAUUCCCAACGUUGGGCAUCAUCUUUGCCGGUCCCACAAUCUGACGUGAUUACUAACUCGAUGGCGAAUAGAAACUCCCUUCGAAGCAGUUCUUUAAGAAGAGUUGAUACUGUUCCAGCUGAUGACCUCUCAAUGAGGGAGGUGGAUAGUGGUGGGUCCCCCAGGAGUGGCGGUAGUUUCAGGUUGUCCGCGGCUUUGGCUGCAGAGAGGGAGCAGACUCGUAGGCGACUGUCUAGGGAGCUGGAUGAGGAUAAUCUUAUCAGGGAUGAUGAUGAGGAAAGUGAAGGGUCCCCUCAUGGUAAUGAAGACGAGGAUGAGGAUGAGGAUGAUGAGGAGGAUGGAGGAAUUCCUAAUCUGGGGCCUCCAGCGAAUCAGCCAAUGCGGAUGUCGUUAAUGGACUUGUUGGAGGAGACAGACCGACAGGCUGGAAUUAGUGGGCCCACGUAUAGGUUGGAAGACGAAGAAGAGGAAGAAGAGGAAGAGGUGGAGGAAGAAGAGGUGGUAGAGGAUGCUGGGAAAGGAGAGUAUUCUUGUUGUGUGUGUAUGGUGAGGCAUAAAGGUGCUGCUUUUAUUCCCUGUGGCCAUACAUUUUGCAGGUUGUGUUCAAGGGAGCUCUUUGUUCAGAGGGGAAACUGCCCACUUUGCAAUAAUUUCAUCUUGGAAAUUUUAGAUAUCUUCUAGGGAUAUUGCUUCGGUUAUCAUGAUCUUGGCCUGCUAAAACUCGACUGUUGCAUACAGUGGGGAAAUCCAACGCUACAAUCACAGACAUUCAAAGAGGAAUGAAUUAUUCUGACCAUCUUUAGCUCAAGCAUGACAACUUCGAGGAUGUGAAUCCCAUCUGAAAUUCAGGAAGGAUAUAAUUUUCUUGGUUUUACUCUCUUGGUGAAGGACAUUCUUAUUGUGUAUGUAUAUUGUUUCCUAGCAGUCUAUAUAGUAGAAUUAUGAAAUUAUGUAUAAGGUUCAAUUCUGGAUUAAACUUCUAUAAUAUAAAGUAUAUCUUCUACUA